AUGGAUGGACAGAUGGGUGUGGAGAGGGAGGAUGGACAGAUGGGUGUGGAGAGGGAGGAUGGACAGAUGGGUGUGGAGAAGCCCUGGGGCAUCUUCUGGAGGCUGCACAGCCACCCUCAAGCUCUGCCCACACUUGCAAUCCUGAGCUCCUGCGUUUGCCCGCUGUUUUCCCUUCAGUUGCAUCUCAUGGUGGCCGAGCCCUGCCUGUGGUCCUCCCUUAUCUGUGCCACACGGCCUGGCACACCAGACUUGCACAACUGGUGCCUGCACUGGGUGACAUUUCAGGGCACACCAGGGUGUGGGAGAAAUGUACCCAGGGACCCACCCCCAGCAAAGGAGCUAAAGGCAAUUGACGGUUGCAACACAGCCACUGCUAGUGCCAUAGAAACAGAUGGAAUUUCAGGAGGUGGCCAUCUACACUGGGAGCCCCAAAGCCAACAGCCAGUGCCUAGUGGUAUGCCCAUCACUAUGGUCCUGCCCCAACACCUCAGUGGGCCAUGGAUCUCCACUGGCUGCAAAGCAAGAACCCAUGGACCAGAAUUCCUCACCCGCUCCUACACCUUCUACUCCAACUGUCUCUUCCGAGCCUACCAGUUCUACCACACUGACCCCUCCUGCCAGGGGCCUGCCCACUCACUGCUUAUCAAGGGCAAAAUCCAUCUGUGCCGAGCCUCCUGGAUCACCCAGGGUGCCACAGAGGCCAACUGCCAUCUUCAUAAGGUGGGCAUAGUCUUUCGCAGGCACCGCGUCCUGCUUGACAUUGCCAGGUGCCUCAGUCAGGCCCAGGCUGGGCAGCACCGUACGGGGCUGCCUCCAGGCCAGGCCUGGAUGCUGGGGACAUUGUAUGAGCUACUGAGCUCCCAGGCACCAGGUGACUGCGUGGCAGCACUGGGCUUCAGCAUGCAUGGACUCAGUCUGCUGCACCUGCAGCACCACAUGCAACAGCAGCCUGGGGCGGUACUACUAGUGAAGGAGCUGUCCCUUGGGGAUGUCCACACGGAUUGGGCAGAGAGGCAGCUCCGCCCUCCUGCUGGCUACCAGUGCCCCCUGCACAGUGUUCUGCGCCGCGCUUGGCCCUGCCUGGUCUGCAGUCUUAUUACUGCCUUCCCGCCAGCCACUGCGCCAGCCCUGCCACUGCACCUGGGUGGCCACUGGGUGGGCACGGGCUGCGAGGCACGGCCUGCUGUGCUGUUCCUCACUCCGCUCUUGGCCUUCCAUGACCACAAGCGCGCCUGGGAAGGGUUCUACCACCAUUUCCCUGACCGCCAGCCCACCUUCACAGUGUUUGCAGCUGGCACCCCCCCCAGGGUCCAUGGUGGCACUGAGCUGACGUUUGAGGUCACACGGGCCCAUGUGACACUCCCCCCCCCCCCCGACCAGGUCACUACAGCCACACUCAACUUCUCCAAGCCAAGCAGCUGUGGAGGCCCAGGAGUCGGGUCAGAAGGCACAGCCACCAAUGAGUGCCUACCACUGUGCGUCAAGCUCCCACAUAUAGAGUAUGAGCUGUUCAAAAUGGAGCAAGACACCCGUGGGCAGAGCCUGCUCUUCACUGGGCAGAGGCCCACAGAUGGGUCCAGUCCCAACACUCCUGAGAAACGACCCACUCCUUCCAGGCUCCCCUGGAGCUCUUGGCCCCUUGACACUGUGGCCCUGCAGAUGUCCUCCACCAGGCUCUGUGCGAUGUACCGCCACCGCUGUCUUGGAUGGGUAUAUGACCCUGCCACCUCCAUCCGGUUCAGCCAGUGUCCCACAGAGCUCAACAGCACUGCAAUGCCAGGGGUCCCAGACCACAGGCCUGAAUGUGGCCACAAAACGUGCAGUUAG